AUGGGGCAGACCACGGCAGUUAAGGCACUUCUACCCAAGUUGAAUAAGACAACUAUCCAGAGCAAGUUACAGACAUUCUCCAACUUCUAUAAUCGAUACUAUAAGUCGAGCUAUGGAAAGCAGUCCUCUGAGUGGCUUCUUUCUGAAGUUCAGAGCAUCAUCACUGCCAGUGGCGCAAAAAACGUCACUGUCAAGGCAUUUGCACACUCGUGGGGACAGAGUAGCGUGAUUGCCACAAUUCCAGGGAAGUCAGCAAAGACAAUUGUGGUUGGAGCGCAUCAAGAUUCCAUCAACCUCAACAACCCAUCAAGUGGCAAAGCGCCAGGGGCAGAUGACGAUGGCUCAGGCUCGAUGACUAUUCUUGAAGCUUUCCGCGUAGUUCUUACAGAUUCGCGAGUGUCAUCUAGCCAGGCUACCAACACUCUAGAGUUUCACUGGUACUCGGCCGAAGAGGGAGGACUUCUUGGUAGCCAAGCAAUCUUCCAACAAUACGCCAAGGAUGGACGGGAUGUCAAGGCAAUGCUCCAACAAGAUAUGACUGGAUACGUUCAAGGCACUCUUGACCACGGUCGUAAAGAAUCCGUCGGCGUGAUCACUGACUAUGUGGACACCGGUCUCACAAAUUUUAUCAAGCUUGUCAUCAAUGCUUACUGUGGAAUUCCAUAUGUGGAGACUAAAUGCGGCAUUCGUGAUCGAAGCUGCGUUUGA